GGAAAGUAAUAUAAAAAAACGAUAAUUUUAUUUAAAUACAUGAUUUAAGUUAAAUAAAUUCUCAUGUAAAAUGCAAUAUUUCUAAGCAGUUUCUAAGGGAAAAUAAUAGAAAAUAAUAUCAACGUAUAUUAUUAUUUAAAUUAGUACUGCGACUAUUCUCAAAAAAUAUAUUAUUAUUGUUAAACAAUAUUUAAAUUCAAUUAAUAUUUUUGGAGGAAAAAAUAUUGAAUAAUUGUGUGCAGCACGUGUCUGCUUGUGUGAGAGCUAAAAGUCAAAGCGUGACGCCCCAUAAUAUAUUACCUCCUAAAGAGGUUUGGCUAUACUAUAAGUUACAUUUAAUAAUUUAUUUUUUUUAAUUAUUUUCCAUUAAUUUUGGAAAUUUUGUGGUUAUGUAGAAGAAAAUAUAUGAAAUAGCAUUUUAAGAUGUGUACGCAUAGCAUGGUGAUCAUAGCAAACAUGUAUUGAGGUUUUAUGAUGAUCAAAGAAGUAUAAUAUUAAUUUUUUUAAACAUGUUCCUGUUAACAUGAGUUAGGCUAUACUUUUAUAGAAUCGCUACUGCUUUAACAGGUUUUUACACAAUAAUUUGGCAUAGACAUAAUUGGCCGCAGGUAACUCGUAACUGGCAAGCCCUGGUUCACCUUUUUUUGCAUUCACCUUGAAAAGAUUCUUGAUUUUUCGUCAGUCCACUUUGAGCUGUUAAGUGCAAACGAUACACUCUAUCGUUGUGGUCAUCUUUUAUCAGUUGGUGGAUAGUAUGUAGCCGUUUUUUUUUUCAGCAAGAAAUACUAAAAAUAUAUUAGAAAUGUGGCCUCUAUUGGCACUGAUAACGGCCAACAACUUGCUCGGAACGGACUGUCGCAGAACCUUCCAUAACAACAACCCUUGUUUAAAUUACUUCAAUUAUGACGCGGAUCUAUCAGGCGGUGAACUGCAGGUUCCCCCGCCGGAAAACAUCUCCAAAGUGAAUUUGAUUGUCAACAUAAUGGUCCAUGAAAAAAUUGACACGAGCUACGUGGGGAAAAUUAGCAUUGCAGAAAAUGUUAACAGUGUUUUUAGACGCCUGAAAAACAAUAACAGAUCACCCAUCAAGUUCCAAGUGCACUUCCCUGUUCGGUCGCCUAUUCCGUACCUCACAAGUGUAUCAGUAAAUGGCAAGUCUGUUUGCAAUUACGAACCAGUUGACGACCCCGCCGGUCAUUUUACGUCAAUCAAACUUGGCUAUGAUUUAUUUUACGGACCAAAAGAAGAGACAAGCAAUAAAAAUCAGGAGUUGCCAUUUCGAAAUCAAUUUGAUAAUGAUGAGCAAUAUCAACCUGCACCAAUUAUUCAAACAACUACUUGCGCUCCACCACCAAAGUGCACAUGUACAACGCCACGUCCAGUUUUCUGUCCACCUGCACCACCACCGACUAGGUGUCCACCUGUACCACCACCAACAAGGUGUCCACCUAUUGAUUUUUCUCUUGCUUGCCCAGCAGCGGAAGAAGAAGAAGACCCUGAAAUUGAGUUUCUUGGUUGCGGAAAGUCUUCAUCUACAAAAAUCCCGAUCCAGUUAAUCGUAAAUGGUGAAAAUAUCGCAAAAGGUUCUUACCCUUGGCUGAGUGCGAUUUACGAAAAUAAUGAGAGGGGCCCACAGUUUGUGUGCAGCGGCACUCUCAUUUCCAAAAAGCAUGUCAUAACAGCGGCGCACUGUGUGUCAAAUUACCAAAAACAAAAUAAUGUGAAAAACUACGUAGUUUUCUUGGGCAAGCACAACAUUUUCAGCUUUACCGAAAAAGAAGCCACUGCAAAAGACGUCGAGAAAAUAACCAACCACCCAGGCUAUGCAUGGAAUACAGGCGUCGAUCUUGCCAUUAUCACGCUCAAAACAGAAGUCAGAUUUAACGCGUACAUCAGACCUGUGUGUCUUUGGUACCCAAACAGAGGCAUUAGUGAUACUGGGCAAGUGAUUGGUUGGGGUCGCGACGAGCUUGGCAAUAGUUUGACGAGCACUCCGAAGGAAAUUGAAAUGUCUGUCCGCUCCGAUUUUAAUUGCAAUCAAGACAGUGACAUUGCAAAACUCAUGACAAACUUGACUCUCUGUGCAGGCUCACAACAAAAUGGAGGUGGAGGACCGUGCAAAGGGGACAGUGGCGGAGGGCUUUACAUUCGUUCUGCGCAAUCAAAACGAUGGUACAUCCGCGGCAUCGUCAGCCAAGCGGUGUGGGAUCGCAACCAAAACUCCUGCGACCCAUCCAAGAACGUCGUAUUUACAGACAUUAGCAAGACUUGGUCAUGGAUUGUUAGAGAAAUUUCGCUGGACCACACUGAUAUAGAAAUUAAUUAAAUAAUUUUAUUUGAAUGUAUGUAUGAUGUACCUGGGCAGUAAUUGCCUUCUGAUACAAUCAAUAAAGACACUUUGCAACUAGAAAGUGAUAGAGACAGUCUUGAUUAGUAUGCAGUUUUGUUUAUUUUAUUUUUUUAAAUAAUUGAGUAAAUCGUACUGAGAAAUUGGGAUUGAUUUUAUAAUUUAAAUCUUUGGAG